UCCAGGAGUAUGAUGUUCACAAGCUCAUACACCUAGAAGAACUUAUUGAUAUUUUCCUUUCACACUGAUUAUGGGAAUUGGAAAAAACUUGUUCGCUACAAAAAACAUUUCAAAGACGAGAUCCAGCAAGGAACUAUUGGAAGCAAGCUUGUUGCUAAAAAAACUCAAACCAUCGUAUUGGUUUUCAGCUCACUUGCACUGUAAAUUCACCGCUCUUGUUGAACAUGAAGAGGGUGGUCGAGUGACAAAAUUUUUUGCACUCGAUAAAUGGCUUCCAGGGCACAAGUUCUUACAGGAUCUUAUGAGGUUCAAUAUGAUGAAGAAUGGCUGGCAAUAACACAAAAAUUGAACUGUGUCUUUCCUUUAACCUUCUGAUGUGGAGACUUGGGGUGUAUGUAUAUAUGACAUUUUUGUUUUGCCUAUGCCACUUAUCUCGCUCUCUGUAACACCCCUAACCCGUAUCCGUCACCGAAACAGGGUCACGAGGCAUUACCAGAGUUUACAGAACAUUUUUAGAUAAAUCGAGUCAAACACUAUUCAUUUCCCGAGAUUAGUCAUAACGUCCCUUAAAUGGACCCUCAAGGCCCAAAACAUGCAUUAGAAUCGAUUCGGGACUAAUUGGUAUCUCGAGGAAAUUUUUCGCUAACUUCCAAUUUUUUUCUUACUUAUAGGAGUCACACACCCGUGUGGACAAAAUAA